CUAUAAAAAAAGAUCCAUUCUGACAUAAAAUAUUAUUUUGAAUUUGUGUAGAAAGUAGUGGCCAGGCUUCAAAGUAUUGAGUCCCAGCUUUUCCAAGAGAAGAAGCAGCGGCUAGAACAUGAGGCGAAGAUAAGGAUGAAAAAGGAGAAGAAGGAAGAGAUGGAACGGGAGAGAAUCCGUCAGGAGAAGAAGAUGUUAAAGGAGAAAAGGAGAGAAGAGGCUAAAUUAAAGGAGAUGGAACAAAAGGAUUCGUACGCGGAGUAUAUGGUGAGGGGGGAUCAGAACGGUGGUUCACCGUCUAAGCAUCAUCAUCAGAAUGGUCACGCACAGGAUACUGAGGAACCAGAAUGCUCGGGGUUCUCCUGUAUUGGUCUGCUGGUCCGACUGAUACUCUACUGUAUGGUUGGAUGUGUUGCUCUGGGCAUUUCUCUUCUCUGGUUGUAUACAGACGGCAAAAUGGAUUCGGAUUCUAUACAAGCAGCUGUUCCGGUUAUCCAGGUAGAUGAUUAGCUCUACACAGGUAGAUAAUCAGAUCCA